AUGUACGUUCACUGUAAAUUCGACCAUAUCGACACUACUAUGGUUGACGUUACCGUUCAAUUUGGCGAAGAUAGUCGAGUAGAUGACGAAGAAGAGUGUUUACUUGUGAGAAGGGCCUGGGAUACAGAACGUGUUAUGAAAAUGCAAGUUCUUCUAGACGAACAAAAUAUUUUAAUUGGUCAACUGGAAAGUGAUCUACGUAAACAGAGGGGUGAAUUAAAUUCAUCAAUGAAGUGUCGUUUGGAAUUAGAAGCCAUCUUGAAAGAUAUUGAAAUGCAGGAAAAGGCACAACUUACUGCUCAGGUUGAUGAUUUGACAAAGAUAAAGGACGAACUAAUUGAAGAGAUAACCAAUCUGUCUGUUGAACUUGAAAAACAACGCACUAAUGUGGAAAGCUUAAGCACAGAGCUUGCUGGACUUAAGGCACAAUUGAUGACCAUGCGUAGAAAAGGUCUUAAUCAACAGGAUCGCUUUUAACCAAUCGUCAACGAGGCUUGAACGAGCAAUGUAAUUUGAAGUACAAUCCAAUAAAAUUAAUUUUUGAGUUUUUCGAUUAAUUUGACUGUUCCAUCUCAAUAAAAUGCUUGUUUGUCAAUUUACUUGUUUGUUGCCUAAACAGAAAAUUUAUAAUUUCGUAAAAGCAUUAUUGCCAAUACACAUUUAAUAUAAACGACAACUUUUUUGAAAACAGACAUGUUUCGACAUCUCAUGAUGCCAUCUUCAGAAAAUUUAUCUUAUUAAUUGUUGUGAAAGCUUACUUGUAGACUUUAUCAUUUAAGACGAACUUGCUCUUGAGACUUUCAUUAUAUCCCUUCUCUCAUUGCAAAUUAAUGGUUCGUGAAUCAUUAUGGAUUUGGUAACUUAAAGCAUAUUUUGUAAAUAUAUUUGUUUCUUUUCCCCUUGAUUUAUUCUGAUGAAAUUUGUGUUCAUCAUUCAUGCUGAGUAUCUAAUUGUAGAUUUUUUGGUUCCGAUGAAAUUCAAAGUCAUCAGUUUUUGAAA